AUGGAGCAUCAGCCGGUGGCGGGGCAGCAGCGGAGCAGCGGUACGGCGGCGGCUGUCGGCCGGCGGUGCUGCUGCUACCGCGUCGCCGCGCCGGACCUCGCCGCGUCGGGCGUGGACGGCCGCCGGCUGCGGGACGUCCCGACGUUCCGCGACUACACGGAGCCGCUGCUCGGAGUGCUCCGGUCGCUCCCCGCUGGGGAGAGGGCGGUGCUGGUGGGGCACAGCCUUGGGGGCCUGAACGUCGCGCUCGCCGCGGAGCUGUUACCGGAGAAGGUCGCCGCCGCCGUCUUCCUCUCCGCCUUCAUGCCGGACUGCUCCUCGCCGCCGUCGCACGUGCUCCAGCAGGUGAGGGUCACUUAUACAGAACACGUCAUCCGUAAGGGUAUUUGA